AUGGACGCGGUGAUGAGCGCUCAGCAGUGCAAGCACUGCGAGAAGAUAUUCUUCAACCGCUCGCUCUGGCAAGAGCAUUAUGACUGGCAUACUACCAUCCAGCUCCAGUUAGGCCGUUCAGCUCGGCGUCAGCCAGUCAACCAGUCUGAGUCGGGGUCAGACACGAUCGACCAGAUCAACACUUUAGUCUCCCGCCUGCAACUCCAGAGCGAUGAUAUAGGCAGGAAAGGCCGUCCCGAGUCCUUAAUGGAGGACGAAGGGAAGGAAUCGAAUCUACUUCCCACCCAGGCCCAAAUGGAACAGUAUCUGCAAAAAGCAAUUGCGGACUUCCCCCCGUACGAAGGUGGAGGGAUUGAGAAAGUCGUUUCAGAACCGACAAUCAAGUGUCCAGACUGCGAUAUCUGCUUCUAUACCCAGUACGAGCUUGAGGAACAUUAUUUGUGGCAUGAUGACAUACACCUCCGACACCACAUCGAGCGCAGGGUCGAACGAAUGAAGGAGCAACGAGGUGGAUCCCAAGCGUGGAAUGACACAGGGGCAUAUAUCAGUGACUCAGUGACGGAGCCCCCCCAGCGUGUUCAAAACCCCUGGAAUAGGAAAGGUGGCUUCCCGCAAUACGAUGGGGACGUUGUGGCGAUCAGUUUUCUCAGCGAAGAAGAUCUGGAGAUGCGAUAUGCGCCAGAUGGCGUGUUGAAAGACUUAUCGAAGGACACCACCCAUCUCCGUUUAUCAAGCGGCGUCAGCAACAAGAUUGACGACUCCGCGACACAGAAGAAACGCUCACUCAGGAAGUCACUUAAAAACAUGCUCGGUGGACGAAGCGAAGACACCUUCCGGUCUCCCUCCCCUCAGUCACAACGUACAUCACUCGGGAACAGCCCAAAUGUGAGCUCUGUUCGAGGCUUGGGUAAUAUUGAUGUACAGGAGCAUAUGGAAUGGCAGCUCUUCUAUCUCCAUAGCCGUUCUGACUGGGUUCUGACACACGAUCGAAGUCAACACGUUGAAAUGCAUGCCGCAGGGGACCAGCGGACCCAUGGAAAUAGUCAAUCUCGAAUAUCGAGUCCUCCCAACAGGUUGAGCCCAGAAGAGCUCCAAGCUCGUUUUGAAAGUCUCAUGGGCGAGAUAGCAGAUUAUGCAAAACACAACUUUGUUGAGAACAUAGCUGGAUUGGAGAGCAUAAUCAGUGAAUUCACCGCCGCCGAGGUUCCCAGUAAGACUUACCUCGAGAAGCUUCACGCCUGGUUCAAUAAUGAGCAAAAACAGGCUGCAUUCACGAACAGCGAAAUCAAGGCUUUGUCUGGUCUUCCAGUUCUCGGCUAUGGAUCCCCUUCACGGAUCCUGGCGCGGGACCAUGUCGGGCGACCGAGAUUGAUAACCGGGCAGGAUUUAAGCAGGAUUACUUGUCAUGCAAUUGGCCCCCCGCGCGGAUCACUCGAUGUCGUCCGAAUGGCGCUUGGGAGACGUGGAGAGGCAGCCCUGGCCCGGGGACGCAUAGGGGAUGCCGAACGGGCAUAUACAGAGAUGUUUCGGGCCAUGCGGGCACUUUACGGUGACGAACAGCUACAAUUUAUACUGCUCGUCCAUCUUGCCAGUAACGUGUACAAGAAAAACGGCAACAUGUCGAAUGCCGCAGGAAUGUAUAUGCAGGGCCUUCGGUGCAGUCAGAGAUUGUAUGGCCUGAAAAGCGUGAAUAACUUUACCAUGAUGACGAACCUAGCCAUCUACUAUGAGGAUAUCGGCCGACUGGAUGAUGCGGCAGCGCUAUAUCGCCGCUCGCUAAGGGGGCGAAUCAAUGCCGGUGAGAAGGAGGAUGCCCUCAUGAACAUACAGGAGCUCUCGACCGUGUACUGGAAGAUGGGGAAGAAUCCGGACGCCUUGCGAUUCAUUGAAGAGGCCUAUACUGGGUAUACCCAGGUAGUAGGACCGGAUCAUCGGAUGACGCAGUUGACGCUGAACAACUUGGCCGCCUUUCAUUUCAGAGCAGGCUCUAUCGAACGCGCACGGUCACUGCUCGGUUCAGCCCUCCCUGCUAUGACACGAGUCCUCGGACUAGACGAUCCCGUCACUUGGGGAUCAGUGUGCAAUUUCGUCAUGUACUAUGAGGACUCCAACUUUCCUCCCGCCAUCACGCAGGUCAUUGAGCAAUAUAUGGCGCAGAACACGCCGGCGUCUCUGAAUGUCCUCAAGGGCAUUGGUGAUCAUUACGGCAAGAAUGGCUUGAUCCGAAAAGCCAUGGAGACAUACCGCGCUCUCCACGGGAAGAGAAUGGCUCUCUUGGGACCCUCCCAUCCGGAAACGUGGAGCUCACUGUACGCAUAUGCGUACGCAUUGGAUCGGCUCGGCGAGACUGGCGAAGCAUUGAAGCAAUAUCGUCUGCUUGUCUCGCAGCCACAGGCUCGAUCCCUACUACCCCGGUCCCAGGUCGAGGGAUCACAGGCUGCCGUGCAGGAAUUAAGCCGAAAGCAGGCUGCUCUGGAUAAAGAAAAAGUGGAAUGGGGAUUGACUACAGCCCAGAAAUGCUCGAGACAGGUCUGCAGUAACUCCACGCUGAGGUUUUGUUCAGACUGCAGCCUGGUGCGGUUCUGCUCACCAGCGUGUCAACGAGAAGACAAGUCCCACCACGGGGCCUGCAUCCCUUCGGUGACGCUCACCGAGUCCACAUUCACGAUCGUGGAGAACCCACAGGACAAAUCUUCCGUCGUCAGAGAAGCCGACUUCCUCUUCACUCAGCUGCAACUGCCCCGUCGACCGAGGUGCGAGUCCGCGCGAGACGUCUUCAUCAAUCCCAAGAACUUCACUACCAUUCGGAUAUCAAAGCAACCUUCCCACAUUCUCAGCUUCCAGGCGAACCCGGGUCUGGAUCUCCGAUUCAUGAUUCAUCGUUCGACACCUUUCGAAUGGCUGACGCCCACCACAUCAAACAUGCUUUGCAUGUUGAGUGACGUCGAAGACUCUUUCAUCGUUGUUACGCCUGGGGAAUCUAUGAUGAAGGGCCUGGUGGCGGCGCGGGACAAAGUCUUUGGGACGGAGUCUGGGAACCUGGAUAUUCCAGACCAGGAUCUCGUUGAGUUUGCCCGAACCGUGGCGGCAGGUGAUGAGCAGUUUGUUCUGGGGUUCAUGGUGACAGAAUGGGCUCUAUGA